AUGGCAGGAAUAGUUGCCGCAGGAUCGACGACUGCGGUGGUAAAUGGGACGCGCUCGCAGUUCGAUGCUGUGGGUGCCAGUCAAGAGAACACGACCGCGAACAAGAAUCGCCCAAACGGCGCCCGUCAAAACUCGUCAGGUUCCACGCGCUCACCACUAUCGACCUUGGCCCCCAAUCGCAAAGAAAGCGGCAGUGUCAACGGACGUGUGGCUCCCCACAGUAGGGUUGAAGAGCUGGGUCAACGAGACGCGAGUCUAAUACGUAGUGGGAGUGAGCCAGACAGCCUACUGGACCUAUACAAGAGCAACCCUAGCAGCGGCGAUGUCAGUCAGCAUCAGCCUGACAAUGACAUCCCCGAGAACAUGUAUCGGCCGAACGAGGACGAUCCCGAGGGCUGGAUCCACAGAGACAAACUUGCCAAAAUAGAAAGUGAAGAACUACAAGCCGCAGGUAUCAACCUGGCAAAGGCUAGGAGGAACACGGGCAAGAGUGCGCAAGGUGGGCAGAGAGAGACAAGCCGUGGUCGGCGAAGUGACGACCGCAGCCAUACCGAGCUCCGUAGAGGCGACGCGGAAGAUUCAACAAGACCGCGGCUCGCAGAGGAACCGGUAGAAGAAGCAGAGGAGGACGAAAGAUCCCAUUGGGACCUUCGCACACCAGAAGAGAUUGCAGCCGAUAACACGUCGCCGAUAUACUCGAAUCCGGUACUCAGAAAGUCCGGUUCGAAGAUCCCGGUAUUGACAUCGAGUCCUUUACCGAUAGCACAAGAGAGGAUCGAACGGGACACGCCGCUGGUCCGGAAGCGUACCAUGAGUAACAGUAUGAGCCCGGAAGAUGGCAUCCCCGUGCUGAAGAUCAAGAUGCGAAGAGGAAGUACCGGAAGUCAACCUUUGCAGGACGAAGGCGAUUCCUUAUUACCGACACCUACUACCUCUAGACUAUUGACGCCCAAAUCAUCAUCACCCACAAAAGGCCGACUCAAACCAGCAUCGGGCCAAGGGUCACCCCCCAAUACAUCAUCAGGCCGGAAGACAUCCAACACACUUAGGAAACCAUCGACGAACACCAAACCUGCCGGCACACCCACGCCAGGUCAAAGACCAGGGACAAGAUCUGGAGAACUAGAUCGCCCGCGAACAGCGGUCAACCGACCAGAGGGCGAUCCACCGUGGCUUGCAACCAUGUACAAGCCCGACCCGAGGCUCCCUCCCGAAGAACAGAUCAUCCCAACGCAUGCGCGAAGACAGCAACAAGCCCAGUGGGAAGACGAAGGUGCCGUGCCACGUACAUACGACCGGAACUUUUCACCUCUGGCGAUCCACAUGGGCAACGGUCAGAUCAAGUCACCUUCCGCAGCUAGUCCUCCGCCUACUCCCAAACCCAAACAACAGGGGACAGAAGAAGAGGGCGGCAACGCGUGGCCUCUGAAACAAAUGCCAGGCAUGAGAAAUUCUGUAACGGGCAGCAUCCGACCCGGCACUGGAGGCAGCGCGAAUGGUGGGUACAGCACAAUGCCUAGAGUGACGAAUCCCGUACAAAGUCCUACGAUGGGCAGCAUUACGUCCGUGCCGGCUCAACCGCCUCCGCGAAUGCAAGUGCAGCGAAUGCAGGAUGCCGAUACCGAAGAGAAAGUGAAAGAGAAGAGUUGUGGGUGCUGCGUGGUCAUGUGA